ACAAUUAUAAUAGUCAAAUGAGGGCAGUACUGACUGUUAGGUAUAUUUAUGUCUGUCGUGGCAUAAUGGAACAAGCAGCUGAGAGGAAACGGAGGUUUUUACUGCUCUCAGUUCGUGCCACGACCCAGCCGACAGCAGCUGACACCCGCCGGUGCUUCUCAUUGUAACACUCGGCCCUUCUGUAGCCACGCAGAGACCUGAGACUGCUCUGUGCUACAGGCAACAAGACGUGACAAAGUACGUUAUAUCUCUUCCGUGUCUGUGGUGACAUGUUCAUCUCUUAGUUAAGGCUAUAGGUAUAUUUUGUGGUGUGAAGGAAAGCAAGAAGGUGAAACUAAAUCCCGAUAUUAGUUGGGAAAUAAUGGAAAGAAAAAAGUGAAUCUGCAAACUUAAUAGUGAAUGUUGUUUUAAUUCAACAUCGCAGAAAAUAUUGUAAUUACCUUCAAUUUCAUGUGAACUACUUAAUAUCCAUACUGUGUGACAAUUUAACGCUUUGGCUUUAAAUCUUUAUAAAAAUAAUGGCCAAGUCGGGCAAGGUUACGGCAGUGCUGGCCUGUGUGGCGAUGCUAAGCGUCACGACGCUCGCGGACACAUUCAAGCUACUGAUUGUCCACACGAACGAUAUGCACUCUCGGUUCGAACAGACCAGCAAGUCGUCUGGGGUGUGCUCUGAGCAAGAAGCGGCCAAGAAUCAAUGUUUCGGCGGGUUUCCACGUGUUUCGGAAGCUGUCACCCUGGCACGUGCAAGAAGUAAGAUGGAGAACACGCAGUCUCUGUUCCUCAUUGCUGGAGACAUCUAUCAAGGGACACUUUUCUACACUAUCUACAAAUGGAAGAUUGUUGCCAAGCUCACCAACAUGCUGAGACCUGAUGCCAUGUCACUGGGAAACCACGAAUUCGACGAUGGCGUGAAGAGCUUGGUGCCUUUCAUCAACAAUGCGACAUUCCCCAUCCUGGCGUCGAACCUGGAUCUUAGAAAGGAACAAGAUUUGUACAGGCCAAACCUAAAAAAUUCAGUCGUCUUUGACCUCGGUGGGGUGAAGGUGGCCGUCAUUGGAUACGUCACACCCGAUACCAAGUUCAUAUCUCAAGCAGGAGAGGUGGAAUUUCUAGAUGAAGUGGAGAGCAUCAAGGCUGAAGCGGAACGCAUCAAAGAACGGGAACCCGAUGUUCGAAUAUUUAUUGCUCUUGGACAUUCUGGCUUCGAAAUGGAUCAGAAGAUCGCUGCCGGCGUACCUGAUAUUGACGCAGUGGUCGGUGGGCACACCAACACCUUCCUCUACAGUGGUAGUAAGCCAGACAGCGAGGAUCCUGAGGGUAUCUACCCCACCUUCGUGACGCAAGAGUCCGGACGCCGAAUUCCUGUGGUUCAAGCUUAUGCCUACACCAAAUACUUGGGACAGCUGAGUCUUGAGUUUGAUUCUCAGGGAGAAGUCAUACACGCCGUUGGAAAUCCACUGCUUCUUGAUCACAACGUAGAGCAAGAUCCCUUUAUACUUGAAGAAUUAAAUAAAUGGAAAAAGAACAUAUCAUUGAUGGCAGACGAAGAGAUAGGAAGAACAAAGGUUCUGCUAGAUGGAGAUACCAAACAUUGCCGUGUACAUGAAUGUAACCUUGGGAACUUCAUAACAGAUGCUUACAUUGACUAUAUGGCUCGCCUGCAUAAGCUGAACUAUGGAAAAGGUUGGACUGAUACCCCAAUUUCAAUUCAGAAUGGAGGUUCAAUUCGAGCAUCUAUUGAUGUUAGCAGUAAAGGGGGAAAGGUGACAAUGGCAGAUCUCAUGGCUGUACUUCCAUUCAUUAAUAACAUGGUGCGAAUGAGCCUGAAAGGGUCUGACCUCUUGGAGGUGCUGGAGUGGAGUGUGUUUGAUUAUAAUGCUGAUGAGCAUAAAGGAAAGUUUCUUCAAUAUUCAGGGUUGAGAGUGGAAUAUGACUUACACAAACCAAAUGGAAAACGUGUUGUGAGAGCAUUAGCAAGGUGUGGAGAGUGUCGAGUACCAAUAUAUGAGCCUAUAGAUCCAAAUAAAUCUUACUAUGUUAUAACCACUGCUUUCCUGGCCAAAGGUGGAGAUGACUUCAAGGUCUUGAAGCAAAACUAUCGAAGUCAACAUGAGAUGGAUAUAACUGACACUGACAUGGUGAAAGAGUAUUUUCGUCGAAGGAGUCCUGUGUAUCCAGGAGUGGAGGGAAGAACCAAAUUCGUGAAUCACAUUGAGUCUGCAGCAUCAAUAAUGAGAUCCUCCAUCUUGAUGCCUUUCAUCAUUUCUCUAGCCACAGUAUUAAGUACACCAUAAGAGAAUAAGUCUUCUGAGGAUGUUUACAAGAUUGCUGACAGUAUCAAUCAAUCAAUCAAUGCAGAAAUGAAGGAGAAGAAUGUUGAGAUAAUUCAUUCCAUGUAGAACUAUUAGUGUUUCUUCAUUUGUGUUAACAUGGUGAUACCACAUGUGACAUCAAAUUCAACUCUGGAAUAAACUGACAGAUUAAGACUACCAUCUUCUGGGAACAUAAUGCCACAUGAUUUGGUAGAUGGGGUUUGAAGGAACGUUGGUAUCUCUCUACCAAAUUGCUUGGCAUCACAUCCCAGAAAUUUAAAACUCAUCACUGCCAGAACUUGAAAUCUCACUCUGAGAUAUUUUGAAGAAUUCAUGUGUCAUCACCAUACAUGAGCUGUGAUGUUUCAGUAACAUGACUGGGUAUGAGCUGGAUCACUGAGGUUUGAUUCCUGAGAGGGACAGAUAUUUUUAUUGACAGAUUAAAUGAACCAUAAAUAAAUAAAAUAAGUGAUAUCUAGACAGCUCUAGGAACUACUAAGCCUUGCACCCAGUGAGUAUGGUGAAAAAUUUGACCAUUCUCAUUUAGUGCAUAGGCGAAGAAUGCAGUUAGACGUAGUAACAUAUAGUCAAACUUCCACUACUAUGAAGGACAUACAGUUUUCUACUGAGGAUACUCUGUUAUCUGAAGGGUUCAGUUUUAUGGCAUCCGAAAACACCUGCACCCUUGAAUGCCAGCAGAAUACAUGUUAUUGCUCAUUGAUGCAGGGACCAGACCAUGGAUUGGUGUACAGUUAGGUGAGUGUACAGAUAGAAUUACCAGUGACACACACAGACUAUGAACUGGAGUGGAAUGUAUGGAGAGCUGUGGUUUCUGAGGCCAAGGCUCAAACUAAGCUGUAACACUAGAAAUAAGAAGGAAUUAAAUAUAUUACCAGCCAUGUUCCAACUUCCAAGUACCAAUGUCACACAAAAAAACAUUACAUAAUAAACACAUAAAAAUUAAAAAUACCAAAAAGAGUACGAUAAUGCAUCUCAGAAACCAUGUCAUGAUUUUGUGGUGGAUUAUAUUAUUGUAGAUAACUUGUUAAUAAAAUAACAUCAGAAUUAUAGAAAUUAUAAGAAGAAAGAUUUAAACAGAUUACGUGAAGACACGAAGUUUCUAAUGAGUACUGAGAUAUGAAAACGGGAUUAAAUCCAAAACCAAGACACAUGCUGAGAUCUGAAUGUAGAAACACUUCAAGAAAUGUUCAUAUGUGAUUAUACACACACACACACAUGAUGGUGAAAAUUAUGUUUGUGGUAUUGUAGGUUACGAUGCCAAGCAGAUCCGUAGGUGGAUACCAACAUUUCUGAUGUCCACUUAUAAAAUGGCAGUGUCAUGUUCCAAAUACCACAGUCUUAUAAGGAAAAUCUUUCAUAUUAAGAGCACGCUGAUAUGGAUAAAAAGGAUCCUUU